GAAGGUGUAGUGGGAGUGCGUCGGUUAUUACUCUCUCUCUCUCUCUCUCUCUCUGACGUGCAAACGAUAUAUAUACAGACACAGUUGAACCAAAGAUGCUUCUUUUUUCAAGAUUCAACGCUUCCAGGAAUCAUUAACCCUAACACCACUCAUCACACUAUAACUCCGGACUGAAUUACAGUUAUUCGGUAGUUUGAGCAGAGGACAACUACAGUUCGAUAUAGGGCUCUGAGGACAAUAUGAGUCUGGCAUGUCUCGUAUGCCAUGGCGUAGAAAGUCCAUCACAUUCCUUCCGCAGUUACUCUGUAUCAAGUUCAGACAAUGAAGGAAGAUGUUCAGCAAUUGCCAAUUGCUUGACCAGAAAGACUUCACUUCCACAUUCCAGACCUAAUCCUGGCAUCACAUCGUCUAAAGUAAUGCCGCAACCUAACAUCCCAACUGCUGGGGUCACCGGUGCCCCACGGCUUGUCAGAAGCCGUGCUGUUAGAAGGGACAUUGUGAGAGACUGGAAUUUCGAUGAAGUACUCCUGGAGCGUUAGCCCAUAAACUGAAAGUACAAAGAGUUCAAAACGAAGACUAUAUGGGUGGUUUCUGAGGCUCAAAAUGCAGAGCUCUCCAGAAUGGAGCUCGACAUUAUCCGUAGUUCUCUGUAAUCCUGUUUUCGUCUAAGUUAAUAUUCACAUGUAGCGAGUAUUCAAGCAUUUUGUAACAUUGCCAAGAAAAUUCAAGAACCCGAAUCAUCUGUUUAUAGCUUUUGGAGUUCUUUUUGCUGUUGUAAUCCUGAACUCGUAGUACUCGUGGCAUUUGGUUUCUUGAUCUAUGGUUUAAUGCACGAACAUGGUCAGCUAGAGUGAGCGUUCCUUCUGUAUUCAAAGUAUCAGUACAUAAAGCUCGUUGGUUUAAUA